UUGUCACUCCAUUGUUCCCUUUUGUACUCUCUCUCUCUCUCUCUCUCUAAAUUUUUCUUCUUGAUGGUCCUGGAGCGACGCGAAUUCGGGUUUUUCUUUUAUUUUCUUGUCAUUUGUUUCUUUUGCAUUUUCUGAAUCCAUGUUUAUUUGGCAUUUCAUACGCUUUUUGCUCUGUUGGUUGGUAAGAAUUUUGAUUGUCCAAAAGAACCAUAUUCAGAAUACUCACAGUUUUGAGUUAUUAUCUAUUGUUAAUUGUGAUGAAAACAUAAAAAUGGAAUGUAAUGGCUACUUGCUUGAUAAGUUCUAUCAUGAUUGAAUGUUCUGUUCAUGAAGCACUAUCAUGUGGACUUAUUUUCUCUGAUUUUUCAUGUCUAGAGAUGUUCCUUUGGUGAAAAUUUUGACAUACAUGAGUCAUAUCGGUAGGCCAUAUUUUGGCACUCACUUUAGAUGCGUGAUCAUAUAUAUUUUCAGGAAGUAAUUUGGUGCGUGAUCAUAUAGAUUUUCAGGAAGUAAUUUGGUGCGUGAUCAUAUAGAUUUUCAGGAAGUAAUUUGGUGCGUGAUCAUAUAGAUUUUCAAGAAAUUUUUUUUUGGAAUCAGGACUUGAAUUUGGGAAUUUGGGAAUUUUAGGUGUUAUGUGAACCUCUGAAACUUAUUCCUUGCCACCAUAUGAAUUGUUUCUGAUGUAAAAUUUAUUUCCUUUGUUUUGUUUUUCUACAUUAAACGCUUAGUUGUUUGUUCCAUAGAAAGAUUGUUUACCAUUGGGGUUUAUUUUAAAAUUACAGAGUACUAACUCUCAAUGGUUUUCAAAUCUUAAUUGAUGUUUUUAUGCUACCUUCUCUUAUGUGAUCACUGACUAGAGAUUGGCAUUGAGGUAGCUAUGGCUGAAGAGGAUCCCAUCUUAUUACUUCCUAAAGAAUGCAAGAGGUGAUGAUACCUGUCCAUGAAUUGGAGACGAAAAAAUGGGUGGCAAUAAUUUGGAACCAGGACCAUGAUACCUGUUUAUGAAAUGGAUAGGAAAAGAACAGGUGUCGAUGAUUUUGAACCGGGACCAAUUCCCUCUCCUCGGCCAGUGGACAGGUUUGGGUUUGUGAAGCAGGACCAGAACAACUCUUCAGAAGGGUUAACCAAGAGUAAGCCCUUGAUUGACAAGGAGAGUUUCUCAGGGAGGAAAGGAGGGCGCGGAAAUGGAGGAAAAUGAUUGGGAUUGGUGGAAGUGAUUGGAAACACUAUGUCAGAAGGAAACCUCUUGUAGUCAAGAGGCGUAUAAGAAAGGGAAUCCCUGAUUGCUUAAGAGGUCUUGUGUGGCAAUUGAUAUCUGGAAGUCGGGAUCUUUUACUAAUGAACGCUGGUGUUUACGAGCAACUGGUCAUCUAUGAAACAUCAGCAUCAGAGCUUGAUAUAAUACGAGAUAUAUCCCGCACCUUCCCAUCGCACGUUUUCUUUCAGCAAAGACAUGGGCCAGGUCAAAGAUCCCUGUACAAUGUAUUGAAAGCAUACUCCGUGUAUGAUAGAAAUGUUGGGUACGUCCAGGGAAUGGGGUUUUUGGCAGGUUUAUUACUUCUUUAUAUGAGUGAAGAAGAUGCUUUUUGGCUGUUGGUUGCUUUGCUGAAAGGAGCAGUUCAUGCGCCAAUGGAGGGUUUAUACUUGGUGGGUUUGCCACUUGUACAGCAAUACCUUUCUCAGUUUGAGCAAUUGGUGAAGGAGCAAUUGCCAAAACUGGGACAACAUUUUAUGCAAGAAAUGAUCAACCCAAGCAUGUAUGCAAGCCAGUGGUUUAUAACUGUAUUCACAUAUUCAUUCCCUUUCCCUUUGGCUCUUCGAAUAUGGGAUGUUUUCCUUUUUGAGGGUGUUAAAAUUGUUUUCAAAGUAGGACUAGCUUUGUUGAGAUACUGCGAGAAUGAAUUGGUCAAGUUACCUUUUGAAAAACUUAUAAAUGCUUUGCGUUACUUCCCUCAAGAUGCAUUAAAUCCAGAUGUCCUACUGCCAUUGGCCUACUCUAUCAAGGUAUCAAAGCGCUUGGAGGUGCUUACAAUUGAAUAUGGCAAACGAAAUGGGGAAUUAUCGCAACCAACAGAGUCAAGGAACGAGCAAGUUGAGGUCACCAAGCAGUCGAGAAAGUGAUCAAGCAGGCCUUGAUCAUGUUGCAUGAAAGAUAUCUGCUUGUUAUUCCAGCAAAAGAAUUAAAAAUUGUAAAAAGAAAAGAAUGGAAGAAACAUAAAUUAAUCGCACAUACAAACAUUGGAGUGGAAACUGUAUGUGAUUCUUUUAUUCGUUGUUAAUAAGUUGCCUUUCCUUUGAUAA